AUUAAACUUCAAAUUUAUUGCGGAGCCCAGGGGACGCGCUAGCAACGUCCCGUUCCUGACACCGAAUAACUACUCCUUCCCGUUUCCAUCAAUUGCCCAAAAUUAUGGCUGCGAAAUCGCUGCUGAUCGCGGCCCUCCUCCUCCUCACCCUCUCCUUUGCCGCUCACGCUCGCUUCAUUGUCGGCCGUUCUUCUGAUCUCGUCUCGGACGGGUUAUACGGCGCUGAUCGCGGAUCGGAUAUAAUCCGCCCACUUUUCGAGGAGACUUGUGAGCAGACCUACGGCUUUUUGCCUUGUACGAACACUGCUCUGGGAAACCUUUUCCUGAUUCUAAUCUAUGGAUACCUCAUGUUCCUUGCCGCCACCUACCUCUCUUCCGGCAGUGAGCUGCUGCUUGAGAUUCUCGGUCCCGGUCUUAUUGGCGGUCUCUUCCUCCCUAUGCUCGGUGCUCUUCCGGAUGCUAUGCUCAUCUUAGUGUCUGGAUUAUCGGGAAGUGUUUCAGAAGCUCAAAGUCAGGUUUCUGUUGGAAUGGGCUUGCUAGCAGGGUCGACUGUGAUGCUUCUCACAGUGAUAUGGGGAACCUGUAUUUUGGUAGGGAAGUGUGACAUUCAAAACUCUGUUGCCGUCGACUCUAAAGACACUAAAGGGUUCAGCCUCACAGAUUCUGGGGUUACCACCGAUUUGUGGACUAGCUAUGCUGCAAUUAUCAUGGCAGUCUCCGUGAUGCCAUUUGUGAUUGUGCAACUUCCGCAGAUGCUCCGUUCUUCCUCAGGAAGGCACUUAGCUGUUUUAAUUGGUCUCAUACUGUCGGUUUCACUUUUUGUCACCUAUUGCGUAUAUCAGAUCUUUCAGCCAUGGAUACAAGAAAGGCGACUUGCGUAUUUAAAGCAAAAACAUGUCAUAUCUGGAGUUCUGAAACAUUUGAAAAGGCAUGCAUUAGGGAGGCUUUACACAGAAAAUGGAGUACCCGAUCGUGUAGUUUUGAGAAAGCUCUUUAAUACUAUAGAUUCUAACGGGGAUGACAAACUCUCACAUUCUGAAUUGCGAGCCUUGCUUGUGGGAAUCCGUCUUGAAGAGAUUAACCUAGACGAAAAUGAUGUUGUAGCGAAUCUUAUGAAGGAUUUUGACUCCUCAAAUAACAAUGAAGUUGAUUUUGAAGAGUUUGUUUCUGGAGUUGAUAAAUGGCUAGAUGAGGUUCAAGCUUCCAGAGCUGCACCAGGAACAUUCAAGUAUCUUGAGGAUUACCAUGAGCAAACUAGAAGGGAGCACUAUCUACUAGGCACUGGGGGGAACCAAAGUGAUGAAGGAGAUGAGGUAAUUGAUAAUCCGAAAUGGACCUCAAUUAAGGCUGUAUUGUUCUUGUUGCUCGGGACAGCCAUUGCUGCUGCUUUUGCUGAUCCUCUGGUAGAUGCAGUUGAUAAUUUCUCUGGUGCCACAAAUAUCCCGACUUUCUUCAUCUCCUUCAUUGCCUUACCGUUGGCAACUAACUCAAGCGAGGCUGUCUCUGCCAUCAUCUUCGCCAGCAGGAAAAAGCUUAAAUCUGCUUCUUUAACGUUUUCUGAGUUAUAUGGAGCAGCGACUAUGAACAACGUCCUUUGCCUUUCAGUAUUCCUGGCUCUUGUUUAUGCCAGAGGAUUAACAUGGGACUUCUCAUCCGAAGUUCUGGUAAUUCUUAUAGUGUGCAUUGUGAUGGGUAUUUUCGGGAGUACUCGUUCAACAUUCCCGCUCUGGACUUCCUUCAUAGCAUUUUCUCUGUACCCUUUAUCCAUCGCGUUGGUGUAUGUGCUAGAUUAUGUAUUUGGUUGGUCAUAGAUAGUCUUCUUGUCCACAGCUCCGUGUGGUUUCAUAGAUAGUGUUCGUCUAUGAGCACACGUCCUCUUAUUAACAUAUUGCUUGCUUUGAAGUUUGAAUUGUGUUCCAUAGGUGAUUAUUGGCUAACGUUGUUGCAAGUUUCUUUUUACCCACUGAGGACAUUUAUGCAUCAGUCAUCUCGGUUUUAUUGUUCCAUUUUCAUACGUUGGCUCUUCAUCCUACAUCCCUCCCCAGGUCCACAUGACUUAUUUUGGUUUUUCUUUAUGGAUGUUUAUGAGCAAAACGAAGAACUUCGAUGAGAAAAGCUAGACAAAAAGGCUCAAAUUGCACCUUAAAUAUAUAGCUGUAAAGUUACUCAAGUCAUUCCUCCUCUUAUUUUGGCUCAUUAGUCAUUUAGUUGGGGGUAAUUAUGGAUCCGGACUAGGUGUGCAAACGAGCCGAGCCCGAACAUGAGUAUGUUUGAGCUUGAGCUUGAUAAGAAUUCACGAGCUCGAUUUCGAGCUUGGUUCAAGCUCGGGUCAAGUUUCGCUAAUUAAUAUUUAUAGGUUUGAACUCGAAUAAGAUGCUCGAACUCGAGC